GUCCAUUAUAUCUUAGUCCGUGCUUCGUGCUCCGUGCUCCCGACCUAGACGAGUGAUAUCAGUUAUCAGUUUAUCGCCUUUUCAGUUCUCCACAGUCUUUACUACAUUGUGCCAUUGUGGUUAUAGAUUUAGUUUGUUUUGCUAUUCUGAAUUUUCGAAUUUCCAAUUCUCCAACAGGCAAAAUGGUGGUUGUUAAGCUUACUUCUUCUACUCCUUCUACUCGGACUCAGCGUGUCAUGGCCAACAUACUGCAAUGUAGACAGCUAAUGGAUAAUAGUUCAAAAAAUCACCCUCGUAAUUUAAUUCCUGAAUUAUGUCAAAAAUUAUAUUAUGCUAAUGGAUCAGAAAAUGGAUGGUUAUGUGGCGGAAGAGGUGGAUUAAGCAUUAAAUACAAUGACUACAUUUUUGUUACACCAUCUGGUGUUCAAAUGGAAAGACUUAAACCUGACGAUAUCUUUAUCUUGAAUUUAGAAGGAGAAGAAUUUAUAGUUCCGUCUCCUGAAAAAAAAUUAAUAAAAAGCCAAAGCACUACAAUAUUUAUAAGUGCUUUUAAUGAGCGUAAUGCAGAAGCAGUGAUACAUGUACUUUCAGUGGGAGCAGUUGAAUUGUGUAUGGUAAAUCCUGGAAAUGAAGUUAAGAUUACUUAUUCAAAAACGAUUAAAGGAAUUUUUAAUGAACAAACAAGACAAUUCUAUAAAAAAAAUGAAGAGAUUAUCAUACCAAUAAUUGAAAAUGCAAAGUAUGAGAAAGAUUUAGUUGGUACUUUUAAAAUGGCUCUGAAAAAUUAUCCCAGUACUUCUGCAGUUUUGGUCCGCAACCAUGGAAUCUAUGUGUGGGGCUGUGAUUGGAAGUUGGCUAAAAAACAAUUAGAAUGUUAUGAAAAUUUGUUUCAAGAUGAAAUUUCCAAGAGAAUAAACAAGUUUAAUUAAAUUAUAUCCAUACUUGUAGACAACCUUACUGGAAAGCAAUUGGGAAGUAUCCAGAGGCUAUUAAAAAUAAACUUUUUUAUUUCAUUAUUUCUUAACUAAAUCUAUUUGUCUUGCGUAUUAUUUCAUAAUAUAUAAAGUUCUUCUUAGUAUUAAUUUGUUAUUUAUUAAUAAUAAAUACAAAGUGAAUUAUUAUGUAUCAUAUAAUUUUUAAAUAUAUUAAUAUUAUUAAUUA